AUGGAUGCCUGCGUCGCUGCCUCGUACUCCGCUCCCAAGUGCGCUGUCACCGCGGCACGCAGCUCCUUUUCAAAAUCCACCACUCCGCUCGUCCAAUGCAGCGCUUUCCGCGGCACACCACUUCGCACGCCGUCGCUUUCAGCUGGUCGUAGGCCAGUAGCCCCGGUAAAGCAGAGGCAGACAGUAAGAAGCGGGCUGUUUGAUUUCGUUGAGAAAAUCAGCUUCCCAACAGAUUUGUUCACGGCGUUGACGGGCUCGAAGGUGAGCGACGAGCAGCGCGCGGCGCUCAAGGAGGAGCUGCUGGAGGCCAUCGCGCCGCUCCAACGAGGACUCACCGCCACGGAGGAAGACCAGGAGAUCAUCGAGGAGCUGGCGGCGCAACUGGAGGCGGUGAAUCCGACAAAGCAGCCGCUGCGGUCGCCGUUGAUCAACGGCAAGUGGAAGCUGCUCUACACCACGUCCGACACCAUCCUCGGCCGCAGUAGGCCCUUCUUCCUGCGCCCCUCGGGCCCCAUCUUCCAAGCCAUCGACGCGGAAACACUGCAGGCGCGCAACCUCGAGACGUGGCCUUUCUUCAACCAGGUGCAAGCCACGCUCACGCCCACGUCCGCCUCCGCUGUGGACGUCAAGUUCGACGUCUUCAAAAUCCUCUCCUUGGUGCCCAUCAAGGCACCAGACACAGCCUGGGGGUCCCUUGAAAUCACUUACCUAGACGACGACCUCAGGAUCUCGCGGGGCAACAAGGGCAACCUCUUCGUACUUACCUUGGAGGAUGCCUCAUACCGCAUUCCCCUGGGAGAAGAAGAGAUUGAGGAAGAGGAGUGA